CCUUUCAUGUUUCCUCUCCAAUCAGCCGUGAGCGGGCGUUUUAAAAGGCGUUUCCUUUCCUGUAGUUCACUGCAAAAACAAUGAAACCCUUUGAAGGGAGAGACAUUUUAAGACCGAUAUAGACAUUUGAAGACAGAUAGACAGGGCAAUGCGCUGUGCCUUCUCCUGUGUUCUUUUUUUUACGUCAGUGCCUGUGACACGUAGCUUGAGUUCACUAUUUCGUCAACUUCAAAGCCACAACGAUUUAUGUUGAAUCUCUUAUUUCGAGGGCAAAACAGAAUUAAUUUUAGAAAUGUUCGUUGACUUAUGAAGGAUUUAAAUAGCAUGCUGUAAGAUAUUUUGUUUAGACGCGCGACAGUCGUAAACCGUAGCCUAUUGCCAAGCAAUAGAAGUUGAUGCAAGCAAAUUGCCGUCGGCAGAGUUGAUUGGUCAUUGGGAAGUUACCCGACGUGGAGGAUCGAUUGCAUUCAAGGAAGGACACCUAUGAGUUGGAAAUUAAGUUUAACUACAGUUCUGCAAACUCGUCGUGCAGUAGGCUAACAUUUUGUUUGGGAGCGGGUUGUUUAUCUUGUUUUUAAGGACUUUUUUGUAAAGCAAUGGUGGGCAGACUAAACUUGCUGAAUGUAUGUGACGACGACCCAUUGGACAUGAGCUGCAAAGCCGAGCGGGGACUUGACAGCCCGGACUCCGGACUACCCCCCAGCCCCAGUCCGAGCCAUUGGCUGCUGCCUGACUGCAGGGAUAAAGGUGCCAUAAGCCCGGUGUCUGAAGACGAGAGCAGAGGGUCAUCCUUGGUUCCCAUUUUAUCGAUUGGAUCUGUUCCUCGGCUGCACACCUUGUCCUACGGGGAGGGCAUAGUACUUGAUCCACUACUGACCAAGGAAAUACGAUACACAUCGUCUGUCCACUAUGACUCAGAGCGUCACUUUAUCCAUGACAUGGCCAUGCAGCCCAGAGGCCUGGGUCUGGAGAACUGCAGCCAGAUGGUCCUGGCUGUCCCUCACAGCACCUGGAGACACUACAAGACCCAGCUGGACUUCCAGCCUCGCCAACGGGCCCAGCGCUUCCAGAGCACCACCAUCGUCUACCCCAAGCACGCUCGCACCAUCUACACAACCGAGCUGAGCUACGACAGUCGCCGGCUUGCCAGGAGAUUCAUGUCGCGGGUGGAGCUGGAGGCUGCUGACCGGAGUAGGCUACCCCAGUAGGUUAGGGGAAGGCUGGGCACGGCCUGGGGGAGAAUUCCCUGGGCCCUGUGGGGCCCAACCAUCCACCAGGCUGACACCACCCAUGGACCCAGUUUACAGACAGUCAUCCUUUGGUUUAGAUUGGAAAGCAUUGUAGCCCACGUUUUGAGUACCAGUCUCAAGAAGAGGGAGGAAUCUGAUCUGGAGUAUCAAACAAAUAGCAGGGACAUCUGUGUGAGGUUGCCAUCUACCAAAGGGUUUAUCCAUUAGUAACUAGUAAAGAUAUUUCUCUGGUAUGUCAAAGUUGGAUUCAUUUUAAUGCAGAGUGUUGAACUGUGGACUGAGACCGAUGAUAGUGCAUACUAUCACCGUGGAGGAACUUGUAAACCAGAUUUGGAAGUGAAGGAUUGUUAGGGAAGUGUAGUUUACACUAACACUAACCAUUGCAGUGGGACUCAAUGAACAAUGACCCUACAUUGUAAGAUUCUAAGGCAAUAGUGGAGUUUCCAUGUGGCUUUUGUAAGUAUUCACAUUUGUAGACACACAGGGAGUUGUCAAAUUACUGUCUGACUGGGCUUUAAAAUGUCUCUUCAAAUCACAGGGUAUUAUGGGGUAUUGGUUGCACAACAUUACUUACCACAAGCAGAAUAUCCUAGCCUGGAUAGUGUAACACCAAACCCCAUCUUAGUCUUGCCUAAGCAAACACAUUGUCAUCUACUGUAAGUAUGGUCAUGGAGCAGAAAGCCAGGUUUUUUUUUUUUUCAAAUUGUGUAAAAGGGUUGCAAAUUAGAGCCAGUUCUGUGUUGAACGUUGGGACAUUUUUUUCUCCCCCACAGAGAUCAUUGCAAAUUGAUGAAGUUGGUAUUAGUUGGUAAUGAGUAGCAAGAGAUUAUCCAAUGUGUCAUUAUUGUUCUGUUAUAACGUUUUAGCAUUUUCCUAAUAGUGAAGUAUUGUUUUUACUAACAUCUUGUGAACUGUCCCUCAACUGUUCAUUAUCUUUGCCUAUCACCUUCUGGUUGCUUCCAUAGGUUUUGUUUUAUGUAUUUAUUUGAUGCUCAUCAACUCCUUUUGGUAGCCUAAUAGUAAUACACGGGUAUCUUCCCUCAAGGUCCUACAAGGAUGCUUAUCUAGAGAACUUGAACUGUCUUGAGAUACACAAAGUGCCUUAUUGAAGUCAAACGUUAUUGCUUUUAAGCUCUGAUGUUUUAUAGCAGAUUUGAGAAGUUACAAUUCUUUUUUUAUGUACUCAAUGCGAUACAUCAAUUCAAAAUGUAGUCUUGUCAGUAUCAGGAUUUUGUUUUGGUUAUCAGUUAGGGAUGUUCCUAGAUGAGUAGAUCUACAACUUUAGUGCAAUUACACCAACUCUGAUUGAGACAGCUAUGCCAUCUGCAGGAUAGAGAAAGUGCUGCACAUAACCAUAAUUAUUAGUUUGAUAACAGCCCCACCUAGACGUGGUGGCGUGUAAUGACACCACUGCUCUCCAAAUGUCCCUUGAACAGCCCCACCUAGACGUGGUGGCGUGUAAUGACACCACUGCUCUCCAAGUGUCCCUUGAACAGCUCCAAGCAGUCCAUCACCCCAUGCUGUGAGGCCAGGUAGUGUUUCCUCCGGUUGGGCUUGGUGGGUACCAGCAUCUGGACAUGUCAACGGUGUUUCCUCCUUGUAUUUCAUUGGCUCUCGCUGGGAUUUAUUGGGGCAGAGGCUGGUCAGACUCCUGGCCUUGGUCUUUUUGCCGUUGUAACCCUUGAAUAUGGGUUUGGACUGUGUGGAGGAGUCUUUGAUGACCUGUUGCUGCUCAGUGUUGGUGUGUUAAUCUGCUGUGAGUGCAGGAUUGGGUGAAGUUGUUUUGAUUUCACAGCACUAUCACUCAACAUGUGUUUUAAAAAAAAAAAAUGAAGCUUUAAGCUAAUCAUUGUUUUAUUAAGAGUUGACAGGUAGCCUAGCGUUAAAGUGCGUUGGACCAGUAACCGAAAGAUCGCUGGUUCGCAUCCCAGAGCCGACUAGGUGAAAGAUCUGCCGGUGCCCUUGAGCAAGGCACUUAACGCUAAUUGCUCCUGUAAGUCGCUCUGGGUAAGAGCGUCUGCUAAAUUACUGAAAUAUAAAAAUGUGCAGUACGUAUAAGUCGCUCCACAAUUGUCUUGGUUGCUAAAAUUAUAAGUUAACCUAAUUUCCGUUUGACAAAACAAUGCAUAGUGUUGAGAAUCAUUGUACCAUCUAAACUGCUGUGAAAUACAAUAUAUAUGUAAAAGUAUGUUGACCCCUUCAAAUGAGUGGAGCCACUACUGUUGCUGACGGGUGUAUAAAAUCGAACACACAGCCAUGCAAUCUCCAUAGACAAACAUUGGCAGUAGAAUGGCUUUACUGAAGUGUGGCAACAGUUUGGGGAAGGCCCUUUCCUGUUUCAGCAUGACAAUGUCCCUGUGCACAAAGGGAAGUACAUACAGAAAUGGUUUGUCGAGAUCGGUGUAGAAGAACUUGACUGGCCUGCACAGAGCCCUGACCUCAACCCCAGCACCUUUGGGAUGAAUUGGAACGCCGACUGUGAGCCAGGCCUAAUCGCCCAACAUCAGUGCCCGACCUCACUAAUGCACUUGUGGCUGAAUGGAAACAAGUCCCUGCAGCAAUGUUCCAACAUCUAGUGGAAAGCCUUCCCAGAAGAGUGGAGGCUGUUAUAGCAGCAAAGGGGGGACCAACUCUAUAUUAAUGCACAUGAUUUUGUAAUGAGAAGUUCGAUGAGCAGGUGUCCACAUACUUCUGGUCAUGUAGUGUAUCUUCAAUAACCAAAAAUAUUGUAUUUUCAACUGUUUGAAGCUUAUGUUCAAAACCGAAAGUUAAAGAUGCAAAAACUAAAAUUAAGAAUGGGAAACAUCGAAAUAGCCAGUGGUGACCCGUCAUGUUUUGAACACCCCAUCUGUUUUGCAUGUUUUUUUAUCAAUUUGCAAACACUGUAAAAAACUUCUUUUUUUCUUCAAGAAAUCAAGUUAAUAAAGUUGCAUACAAACAUG